CUGGUGCCUCUCGCCCGGUACAGGUGGAGGAAGCUGAGCAGAGCGGCAGGCGGGCGGACCGAAGGCCUCUGCAAAUUCCAGAGCUGCGGCGUGGCAGAUCCUGAAAAGACAAAGAAACCGAUGCGUCUGUAUGGCUGCUGCUGCAGAUGGGAAAAUGGUCUCCAGACCUCAGACAGCUGGCCAGGGACCCAAGGAGAAUAUGGCCUGCCUAGAUCUCCCAGAGGAGACCCCAGAGCGGGUGCCAGGCCAGCUGGCCAUGCUGAAGAAGGCACAGGAAUUCUUCCAGACCUGCGAUGCUGAGGGAAAGGGCUUUAUCGCCAGGAGUGAUAUGCGGGCUCAUCAGGAGUUGCCACUGAGCUUGGAGGACCUGGAGGAUGUGUUUGACGCCCUGGAUGCUGAUGGCAAUGGCUUUCUGACCCCAGAGGAAUUCACUACUGGAUUUAGUCACUUUUUCUUCAGCCAGAACACCUCGAGUCUGGAAGAUGCAAGCGAACAGGUGGCUGAGUUCCAAGAAGAAAAGGUGUAUCAGUCCAGAGAAGAGGAUCCAGGGGGGGCAGACAAAGACGAGGAAGCCCAGUUCCAGAAGCUGAUGGACAAGCUUGGAGCCCAGCAGGUUUUGGAAGACGAGAGUGAUAUCAAGCAACUGUGGUUGCAGCUGAAGAAGGAUGAGCCGCACCUGCUGUCCAGCUUCGAGGGCUUCUUGACCAGCAUCUUCUCCCAGCUCCAAGAAGCCCACGAGGAGAAGAAUGAACUGGAGUGCAUCCUCCAAAAGAAAAUUGCUGCCUAUGAUGAGGAAAUCCAGCAUCUGUAUGAGGAGAUGGAACAGCAGAUCAAGAGCGAGAAGGAGCAGUUUCUCCUGAAGGACACGGAGAGGUUUCAGGCCCGCAGUCAAGAGCUGGAGCAGAAGCUGUUGUCUAAGGAGCAGGAGCUGGAGCAGCUCACCCAGAAACAGAAAAGGCUGGAAGGCCAGUGUGCAGCCCUGCACAAUGACAAGCACGAGACCACAGCCGAGAACGCCCAGCUGAAACUCACCAACCAAGAGCUGGCCCGGGAGCUGGAGCGCACUUCGCGGGAGCUCGAGGACACCCAGCAGCAGUUGGAGAGCCUGCAGCGGGAGGCCUGCCAGCUCCAGCAGGAAAAGGAGAUGGAAGUAUACCGUGUGACGGAGAGCCUGCAGCGGGAGAAAUCUGGACUCCUGAAGCAGCUGGAUUUUCUAAGGGAAAGAAACAAGCACCUUCGAGAUGAACGGGACAUGCAUUUCCAGAAAGACAAAGCAGCCAAGGCAAACGCAGCUGCUUCCAAGGCAAGCUGGAAGCAGAGAUCCGGAUCUGUGAUAGGCAAAUACCUAGAUGGCAGAGGGCGUCUCGGAAGCCAGUCAGAGGAGGAGGAAGAUGUGUUUGGCAUUGCCAGGAGGAGAAGCUCCCUGGGUCUGAGUGUGUACCCUCUCAUGGAAGAAGAACCAGGACCAGGUGAUCCAGGGACCGGAUGCCCCAGGCGGCUCCGCAGAAUCAUCUCCAUUGAAGAAGACCAUGUGCCCCAGCUCCUGGAGGCGGGCUUUGAGCAGCCCCUCCGCCAGUGCCCAGAGGAAGAGCAGGAGGAGGAAGGCUCGCCCCAGGAUGGGGAAGGCCAAGCCCAGCAGGCCUCCCCCUUGGAGGUCACCCCCAUGUCUCCCCGGGGACAGCCUGUUGGAAAAGAAGCCCUCUCCAAGGAGGAACGCUGCCCCUCCACACCAGAUCGGCUCUUCAAGAUUGUGUUUGUAGGCAACUCGGCCGUGGGCAAGACAUCCUUCCUGAGGAGGUUCUGUGAGGACUGCUUCUGCCCAGGCAUGGUGGCCACUGUGGGCAUUGACUACCGCGUGAAGACAGUGACUGUGGACGACUCCCAGGUGGCCCUGCAGCUGUGGGACACCGCUGGGCAGGAGAGGUACCGCUGCAUCACCCAGCAGUUCUUCAGAAAGGCCGACGGGGUCAUCGUCAUGUAUGACCUCACAGCCAAGCAGUCCUUCCUGUCUGUCCGGCAGUGGCUGAGCAGUGUGGAGGAAGCUGUCGGAGACCGUGUUCCAGUGCUUCUGCUGGGCAACAAACUUGACAACGAGAAGGAGCGGGAAGUGCCCCGGGGCCUUGGAGAACAGCUUGCCAAGGAGAACAACCUCCUCUUCUAUGAGUGCAGUGCCUAUUCCGGUCACAACGCUAAGGAGUCCCUGCUCCACCUUGCCAGGGUCCUCAAGGAGCAGGAAGAUACAGCAAGGGAAGACACUAUCCAGGUGGGCCGCCUCAGCAAGAAGAAAUCCUGUUGCAGCUGAGAGGGGAGAUCCCCCAGGGAUGGCUCCCUCGUGCCCACCCACACCUGCAACUGCCGAGCCCACACUCGUCCCACCAGGAGGAACACCCACCAAAGCCCACCUGCCCAAAUCUCUGUCCUGGUCAGCCACUUGGCAGCUUUGUGUAGAAGGCAGGGAAUCCAGAGCUGCUCUGGGGAUAGCUUGGUGUCUUCUCUCUCUCU